AAGCAGGGGUGAAAAGCCCUAACCCGCUUCCAUGGCGAAGCGCCCGUCCUCCCCCUCCGCCUCCUCGCCGGCGCGGAAGAGCCCGCAGCCUAGGCCGGCGGGGGAUGCGAUAGACCUCUCCGCCGCCGCCGCCACUGCCGCGUCCGGCCCUAACGCCUCCUCCUCUUCGUCGCCGCCGGCGGGGUUCAUCUUCAUGUGCAGCGGCGCGACGAAGCCCGAAUGCUUCAGGUACAGGGUUCUGGGCCUGCCACGGGGCAGGCUGGACGACGUCUCCCGGAUCAGGCGCGGCGCGGGGCUCUUCCUCUACGACUUCGACUCCAAGUACCUCUACGGACCCUACCGCGCCGACUCCGACGGCGGCCUCGCCCUCGAACCCGCCGCAUUCAAAGGACGCUACCCAGCUCAGGUCAAAUUUACGAUUGAUGGUGAUUUCAUGCCUAUCCCAGAGAGUAGCGUAAGAAGUGCUAUAAAGGAGAAUUAUUCCCGUGGGAAAUUCUGGCCAGAACUUACCGUUAUCCAAGUUGAGAAGCUGAGAGCAUUGUUCCAGCCAAUUACUGUACUGCCAGAGUCUGCAUCAUCUGCUGAUAACAGGCUUUAUGUUGAUAGCAGGCAUCCUGCUCCAUCUGCUGAUAACAGGCAUCCUGCUCCAUCUGCUGCUUACGUGCCUGCUUCAGGUUAUCACCCAACAUAUCCAGCUACCAACAGGCAUCCUGAUCCCUCUACUGCUUACUUGCCUCCUUCAGCUUCUCACCCAACACAGCCAGCUAUCAACAGGCAUCCUGAUCCCUGUACUGCGUACUUGUCUCCUUCAGCUUCUCACCCAACACAGCCAGCUGCUUAUGUGCAUUACCCAAGUGCUUAUGUUCCUGCACAGGCUGCUCAUCUGGUGCCACACGAGCCUUAUGCACAUCCAUAUUCUCACCUACCUCCUCCGACUGCUCAAUUCACUGCGCCUGCUUACUAUGCGACCCCAGCUGGGCAUCCAUAUCAAGCAGGAUAUGAAUCAUAUGAUCCAUUGCCGGCUGCCUACCAGUAUGCCCAAGCACCUCCUUCCUAUUCCUAUGUGCAAACGCAACACCUUGUGCCACAACAUGUCCCACACCCUGUCUAUUCCACUGAUCCCUAUUUCGCUGCUAAUCGGGAUGAUCCAUAUCGAUUUGAUGCUCUGAAAUCUCAUUACCAGGAAACUACUUCUGAGAGAACUGCCUAUGGCGCAGCGCAUGAGAACUUGCAACUUGUCAGGCAUUAUGGGCACACCCCAAGCAGCGAGACUGCAGCACCUGAAGCAGCUACAACGAACUUAGGGCUUGUUAGGAGUUAUGGAUCUGUUUCAGGCAGUGCAACCGAAGGAACUACACAUACCAAUGCUGAAGGAGCUGCAUCGACAAUCUACUCAUAUGCAGGUGCCCCAGCAACUACUCAGGCCGGGAAUGCUGCUGCACCAUCGGUAUAUUGCGUUGCAGCUGCAGCAGCCUACCUGUGAUUGCUCUGCGACCAUCUUAUGUUUUCUGCUAACAUGAUCUUGUUGAGAGGAGAUGACACUGCUUUGUCCGUUUGAGUCUUGCCAUUUUGCCUGGGGACUAGGAUUUGAAAUCAUUAAAAUGGCCUGUCCUUACUGCUGAUAUGGUAGGUAUCGAUGUAUAAAUGAAUUCAGAUGCCGCCCUUUACUUUGUUAGACUGGUGGAGUGGUGGUAGUGUGGUACUAUCUGGUAGUGGUAGGUGUUGCCGUG